AUGGGAGCGAGCGGCGACUCGGACCAGGGCCGCGGCCCCACGGCUGGCCCCGGCGCGUCCCCGCUGCAGGCGCGGCGGUGCGGCCCUCCCCGGGCUGGGGUGGGCCAGACGGCCGGAGAGGCGGGGACUCCGCCGCCGGGAAGGACGGCGCCGGGAGCGGGCGUGCGGAGCGUCAUGGCGAGCGGCGGAUGCGCGGGGCUGCGCUGGGGCGUGGCGGCCAGGUGCGCGCCCUGGCUGCAGGGCUGCAGAAGGAGCACUUUUGAGCAAGGACCACGGGGUCCCAUCUUUCGGAGCCUGGCUGCGCCUCCGCAGCCCCGAAGGAGCUAUCGAGCCGCGCUUUGCACGGAGCUGGCGAAGCCGUUGGUUGUACGCGAUGUCCCAUCCUGUGCGCUGCAGCCACACGAGGUCAGAAUUCGUGUUCGUUGUUGUGGAGUAAAUUUUGCUGAUAUACUGGCCUGCCAGGGUCUUUACCAAGAAAAACGGCCCCUUCCAUUCACACCAGGAAUGGAAUUUUCAGGGGACGUGAUGGAGGCCGGCGUGGCUGUGACCAGCGUGAAGGAGGGUGACCGUGUUGUUGGUGUGACAAGUACCAACGCUUUGGCUGAGGAGUAUGUUGCCGAUCAGAAGCUGCUCUGGACCAUCCCCCAGGGAGUCGCCUACGAAGAUGCUGCAACACUGCCCGUCUCCUACGGGACCGCCAUCUUAGCGCUCGAACACAGAGCACGGACCCAGCCGGGGGAGACCGUUCUGGUGACAGCAGCAGCUGGUGCCACGGGGCUUGCCGUUGUGGAUGUGGGAACCCAUGUUCUUCGGGCGAAGGUGAUCGCCGCAGCGGGCAAUGACAAGAAGUGCAGCCUGGCUCUCGAGAAGGGGGCAUUCCAGAGCGUGAACUACAGCGGGGCCAGCCUGAGAGAGCAAGUUAAGAAGCUGACGGCGGGAAAGGGGGUCGAUGUGGUCAUUGACACCGUCGGUGGAGACGUCUUCAAGGAGGCGAUGCACAGCCUGGCUUGGGAAGGCAGGAUCGUGGUGGUGGGAUUUGCUGGAGGAACAAUCCCUUCCAUCCCAGCCAACCUGCUGCUGCUGAAGAACAUCUCUGCCCUGGGACUGUUCUGGGGCCGGUACCGGGAGCAGGACUUCCCGGUCUUCUCCUCGGCGCUCUCUUCCGCUCUUCUGCACUGCCGGGAGGGACGCGUUCGUCCUCACGUGGGCGCUGUGUUCAAGCUGGAGGAGGUUAACGAAGCCUUUGCCCACGUGACCCAGAGGAAAUCCACAGGAAAGGUCAUCAUCUCCAUUAGCUAAGCUUGCAGCUCACCAUAUUUACAUCCUCCCAAAGAGAAAGAGGACCGCAGUCAUGAAUCCAAAAUGAUUUGCUAAAGGUGCGACCCUUUGCAUGUUUGGAUAGGGAAAACACCCUGCAACAGCCUGUUGAAACAUGCAUGGGAUUGCUCCCUGAGUGAUUGGAGCGUUGUUUGGAUUAUGGAAGCAGCCGCCGUGUCUAAGCAAGACUGCUGUGUUUGUGGUCGGGCAGUAGCAUCCUUCGCAGAGUCCAAAUUCAACGCUGGUCAGGAUUGUGUGUCAUCUGCUGUCAGUGCACAAUUCCUCUUGCUUUCCUGCUGGGUGGAGCAGCAGCAAAAUUGGACAGCGCAGUUUUCCAGGUCUAGACUACACUCAGAUAUGCAAACCCAGAUCAUUGGCACAGAUGUAAAGGAAGCCAUUCUGCCUUUGGAGCCGAAUUGUUCUGGCUGUAUGAGUGACCUGGAUGGAGGCUGCCUCCACUUGAAACCGCAUGUGGGCCUCUUUGAGCAUUUUCAUGGAGCAAGCAGAAGGGAAACGAGCAAAUAGAGUGGAACUGUCUUGAUUGCCCGCCUGAGCACCCAUUCUCUCUGGAUGGCUGCUUUUGAGAGGGGAGGGGUGUGAGGUAGAAGAUCAAGCCCUGGCCACCUGCCCAAGGGAUCGGCUCCUUGGUCUGAGCUUCCUCUGUGUAAGCAGAACUGGUCCCUGGGCCUUUGGUUGUGGAUCCAGAACAACAGAGGCCUUCAGGGAAAUCAUCAGGGCUGGAGCUGUGUGCAGGAAGCCCCCUCGCUUCCUAUGCAUGAUGCUUCCACAUGAUUUCUGACCAGCCUCCAUAAUUCCUCCUCCACAACUGCUCAACACGCUAGUCCUCACAUGUGAACUGUGGACCACUGAGCUAUGAUGUCAUAUAAUCAGGAAAAGGUCACUUUGACCAAGAGCCAAACUAAAUGUACUUGGCUGCACUUGUAGGAAAUGAAUUCCAUAUUCUGUUUUUCCACAUUUUAAAAAAUACCAAUAAGAGCCUCGACCAGAAGCUGGCGUGAGUGGAAAAAUGAGCAAACCCUAAUUGGGAGAGGCUUCAUGUGUCCUUUUCCCUCUCUGUGCUUUUCAGCAAAAGCAACACAUGCUUUUCUGUACCACAAUGGUCUUGCGUCAGCAACUUUCAGCCUCAAAUAAAAUGGGAGAUGAUUGGUGAUGUUUUAUUAACUUAAAAAUCUGCACAAGCUUCCUUUUAAUAGCUGCACUUAAAAGUCUGAGGUCCUUUUUCAGCUUUUCUCAUUUUUAGAAUUCCUGAAGAUUUUAUCUUGCACUACCUGCAUAAAUCAGGAAAACUCAGGGAGAUAAUAUUUAAGGAAAGUGUCCUUAACAUGCCAGUAGAAAGAAUUAAUUGCCAUGCUUUUAAAUAAUGAAAGAAAACAACAAUGUACAAUGAAAAUGUGAAAUAAAAUAAUGCACUCUUUGGAA